AUGAAGCACGUCGUUCUUUCGAAACUAACAUGGACCGACAAAGCUCCGACCUUGAAAUUGCGCCUUCUCCAUACAUGGAAGGUUGGGAAUCCGGUCCGUCCCGACGGGUACUUCGAAUUCUCGACACUGUGGACUGAUGAACUGGGUGUCCUGGUCCAAGGUCUUUCGCCGAAGCAACUAGCCAGCCAUUUCCAAGAGAUUUUACAUGUUGGGAAGGUCUACUUCGUAGAACAGUUUGCUCAACGUGAAUCCAGGAGGCGCUGGGCACCUUGCUCCACUAACCGCCUCCUGUACUUUAAUUCCAAUACUUCCUUCACAGCCUCACCUGAAAAUGAUCCCACCUUCUGUCUUGAUAGCUUUGAGUUCCGCCGCUUCGAGGACCUCGAAGACAUCGCUUCCAGGCAUGCCUGUUUAGUUGAUGUUGUCGGCCGUCUGGUAUCGGUGACACCCAUCACCUAUUUCCAGAAACAGGAACGUUCCAUCAAACGCCAAACAGUUGCCAUUGAAGAUGAACGCAAGGCAUCCCUGUCAAUCACGCUUUGGUCUGAAUUUGCCGAAAAGCUGAACGUGGCUCACCUCAUGGAGCUGGACGGGGCCGCACCAGUGAUUAUUGCAUUCACCAGUCUGAGCCUUUCCAUUUGGCGUGGUAAGUUUCCCAUGUUCUUCAUUUAUUUGCUUUUAACAGAACCCCAAUAG